GUUCUCAUUCCCUUCCAUCCAAAAAGCCGUCGCGUUUUUCAACGUUUCGUCCUUCAACCUCUUCUUUUCUUUCUUUUGUAAAAAGACAUGCACUCCCUGUCGACCUCGUCUUCAAGAGCCCUCCGCCGUGCUGCUGCGAAGGCUGCAAAGCCAUCGUUAGUCCGUGGUGCCCACAAGGAGAUCAAGUUUUCCAACGAGGGCCGUGCGAGUAUCCUCAAGGGUGUUGACGUGCUUGCGAACGCUGUCAGCGUUACGCUCGGUCCUAAAGGUCGUAACGUCAUCAUCGAGCAGUCGUUUGGUGGCCCAAAGAUUACCAAGGAUGGUGUCACUGUAGCCAAGUCUAUUACACUCAAAGACAAAUUCGAGAACCUCGGUGCUCGUCUUGUCCAAGAUGUAGCUCAAAAGACCAACGAGAUUGCCGGUGAUGGUACCACCACCGCCACUGUCCUCGCUCGUGCUAUCUACUCUGAGGGUGUUAAGAAUGUCGCCGCAGGGUGCAACCCCAUGGAUCUUCGUCGUGGUUCCCAGGCUGCUGUUGACCGCGUCGUUGAGUUCCUCUCUGCCAACACCAAGACUAUCACAACCACCGCCGAGAUUGCCCAGGUCGCGACUAUCUCUGCCAAUGGCGACAUCCACGUCGGCAACCUCAUUGCGCAGGCCAUGGAAAAAGUCGGAAAGGAGGGUGUUAUCACUGUCAAGGAGGGCCGCACGAUCGAGGAUGAAAUCGAGAUCACGGAGGGUAUGCGCUUCGACCGCGGUUUCAUUAGCCCUUACUUUAUCACGGACGUGAAGAGCCAGAAGGUCGAAUUCGAGAAGCCUUUUAUCCUCCUUAGCGAGAAGAAGAUUUCGCUCUUGCAGGACAUUCUGCCAUCCCUAGAAGCUGCUGCACAAGCUCGUCGCCCUCUCGUAAUCAUUGCGGAGGAUGUUGAUGGUGAAGCACUCGCUGCAUGUAUCCUUAACAAGCUUCGUGGUCAGCUCCAGGUGGUUGCUGUCAAGGCACCAGGUUUCGGUGAUAACCGCAAGUCGAUCCUCGGUGACCUUGCUAUCCUCACCGGUGGUACCGUGUUCACUGAUGAGCUCGACAUCAAACUUGAGCGUGCCACCCCCGACCUUCUUGGGUCGACCGGUUCUAUCACUAUUACAAAGGAAGACACUAUUGUCCUGAAUGGGGAAGGCUCCAAAGAUUCUAUCCAGGCCCGUUGUGAGCAGAUUCGUAGCGUUCUCCAGGACCCUACCACCAGCGAGUUUGACAAGACGAAGCUUCAGGAGCGUCUUGCCAAGUUGAGUGGUGGUGUGGCUGUCAUCAAGGUCGGAGGAAGCAGUGAGGUUGAGGUUGGCGAGAAGAAGGACAGGUAUGAUGAUGCGCUCAACGCUACACGUGCUGCCGUCGAGGAGGGUAUCUUGCCUGGAGGCGGUGUUGCGCUGCUUAAGGCUUCGCUUUCGCUUGCUACCAACUCCCCUGGAACGGGUGGUCUACCUACCUCACCUGAUGCCAAGGUUGUGCCUACUGCCAACUUCGACCAGGAUCUCGGUGUAAACAUCAUCCGCCGUGCUCUGACAAACCCGGCUCGCACCAUUUUGAACAACGCGGGUGAAGAGGCAUCCGUCAUUGUUGGAACUUUACUCUCCCAGUACGGUACCGCGGACAAGUUCAGUUGGGGUUAUGACGCCAGCAAGGGCGAGUACGUUGACAUGAUCAAGGCCGGUAUUGUUGACCCACUCAAGGUCGUGCGAACGGCUCUUGUGGAUGCAUCUGGUGUAGCCAGUCUGUUGACGACCAGUGAGGCAUGUGUCGUUGAUGCUGAGGAGGAGAAGCCAGCUGGUGGCAUGGGUGGAGGCAUGGGCGGAGGUAUGGGAGGCAUGGGUGGAAUGGGCGGAUUCUAAGCGGAAGUACACGACUGACGGCCCUGGUGUACUGCGUACUUCCAAUGUUUAAGCUUGGACGUUUAGCUGGGGUUGGCAGAAGACUUGAUAUGGAAUCAAAAGUAAUUUCAUUCUUGCUUUAUCAUGCUCAUUUAUCCUCUUAUGACUCACCAAUACUCACUACCUUACUUAUUGACAUGGCUUCUACACCCACGACCAACCUCCUCCUUGCCUUGCAUUUAUUGUCAACCCUCCCCCCCUCAUGAUCAUAUAUUCAUAGUUAUAUUCACUGCUGUUCUGUUGUUCUUUAGAAUCAAUGCAUCACCACUCACCACUC